CCCCAAACGAAAAGCGCUCAGCUGCUGGUAGUCGAAGGACGCAGAGCGAGAAAGAAACAGAGAAAAAAAAAAAGAGAAAAUCCCUAUUCUCUUCUUUCUCUCUCACACUGUCCGUCUACUACUACUACUACUACUACUACUACUACCCUUUUCUUCCGUUCCGACAAUUCGACCCCACAAUUUCUCCGCAUUUCACUUUCUCUCUCUAAAUUCCUCUUUUAGAAAUCAAACCAAUGCCAGCUUCUCCUUCAGGCAAUCUCUCCCUUUUUUUCCAUUUUCCCUCCUCCAAUUAUCGUCGAGGUCGAUGGAAGCGGCGGAACCGAGAGCGAAGAGCCAAACAUCUCCAAGAAGAAUACGACGUCGUUCCGGAGGAAGACGAAGAAGAAGAAAACAACAACGAGGACCUCGACAACCACGGUGAGAACUCCGGGGACGAUGCUGCUGCUGGAGCCUUAACUGAUCCGUCCUUAGCGGGGUCUAGCGAGAGUAAGGCCUUGGCUGAUGGUGGAGUUCGCAUAUCGGAGUUCCCCGUCGUGGUUAAGCGGACGAUGAACUGUCCUCACGAUUCCGUAAUGGCGAUCGUGGAGGCUGAACGGGCGGGUUUGGUUGGGGAUAGCAAGGAGCACCAGCAGGUGGCGCUGCCGGUUUUGGAGAAUGUUUCACACGGGCAGUUACAGGCGGUUUCGGUGGAUACUCCCAAUCCGGAGAAGUAUGUGAUUACCCCUCCUGCGAUAAUGGAGGGGCGUGGCGUUGUUAAGAGGUUAGGGAGUCGGGUUCAUGUCCUGCCAAUGCAUUCAGAGUGGUUUUCACCGGCCACCGUGCAUCGACUAGAAAGACAAGUUGUGCCACAUUUUUUCUCUGGAAAAUCACCGGAACAUAUGCCGGAAAAAUAUAUGGAAUGUAGAAAUCACAUUGUUGUCAAGUACAUGGAUAAUCCAGAGAAGAGAAUUACAGUUUCUGAUUGCCAGGGGUUAAUAGGUGGUAUCAGUAAUGAGGAUUUAGUUCGAAUUGUUCGGUUUCUUGAUCAUUGGGGAAUUAUCAAUUAUUGUGCAGCUGCAUCAAGUCACGAGACAUGGACUGGGGGCUCCUACUCAAGGGAGGAUCCAAAGGGUGAGGUUCAUGUGCCAUCAGCCGCAUUAAAGUCUAUCGAUAGCUUGAUAAAAUUUGAUAAGCCAAAAUGUAGGCUUAGGGCAGCUGAUGUUUAUUCAUCAUUGUCAUGUCAUGAUGAUGAUUUCUCUGACUUGGACAACAGAAUACGAGAGCGCUUAUCUGAAAACAAUUGCAGUUCUUGUUCUCAGCCUAUUCCCACUUCAUAUUAUCAGUCACAGAAGGAGGUUGACACGCUAUUGUGCUCUGAUUGCUUCCAUGAUGGGAGACUUGUUCCUGGUCAUUUAAGCAUAGAUUUUGUUAGGGUAUAUUCAACAGAAGAUUAUGGCGACCUAGAUGGAGAAAGUUGGAGUGAUCAGGAAACACUACUGCUGCUUGAGGCAAUGGAAAUUUACAAUGAGAACUGGAAUGAAAUAGCUGAGCAUGUUGGCACUAAGUCUAAAGCACAAUGCAUACUUCAUUUUCUGCGUCUACCCAUGGAGGAUGGCAUAUUGGAAAAUGUAGAAAUUCCAAGCAUGCCCAAGUUAGUGAUUGUUUCUAAAGGAGAUGGCCAAAGAUUGCACUCAAACAUGAAUGGGAGUCUACCAGGGCCCACCCUUCGAGAUGCUGAUUCUGAAAGCAGGCUUCCUUUUGCAAAUACUGGGAAUCCAGUUAUGGCUAUGGUUGCUUUUCUGGCCUUUGCUGUUGGACCAAGAGUUGCUGCAGUCUGUGCCCACUCAUCCUUGGCAGCAUUGGCUGAAGACAUACAUAAGGAAGGUUCAGGGCAUGGUAAUAGGAUGAACAUGGAGAGUGUACAUAGUAGAGAAGGUGGUUUUCAUGGUUCCGUUCACAAAAAAGAGAACUCUGCAAUACACAGUUCAUUUGGUCAAAACGAGGCAGAGGGUCAUACACUAUCUGCUGAAAAGGUAAAAGCUGCCGCCAAAACCGGCCUUGCAGCUGCAGCUAUGAAGGCAAAACUGUUUGCAGAUCAUGAGGAAAGAGAAAUUCAAAGGCUAUCAGCUAAUAUCAUAAAUCAUCAGUUGAAGAGGUUGGAGCUGAAGCUCAAGCAGUUUGCAGAAGUGGAAACCUUACUCGUGAAAGAAUGUGAACAAGUGGAGAAAGCAAGGCAAAGGUUUGCUGCUGAGAGGGCUCGCAUUGCAUCAGCUCGAUUUAGACCUGCAGGAGUCACUUCACAAAUGAGUCUACCUGCGGUUGCUUCUUCCAUGGUUAACAAUAACAUUGGCAACAAUAGGCAACAUGUACAGCCAAGCAUAUCUGGAUAUGCCAGCAACCAACCAGUACAUCCCCAUAUGCCAUUCAUUUCACGCUAACCAAUGUCUCCCGUGGGUUCAAGGUUGCCCCUUUCGGCCGUGCAGGCAUCUGCAUCAGCACCUCCUAAUGUCAUGUUCAACUCCCCAGGGAAUGCUCCACCCACUCUUAAUCAUCCACUGAUGAGGUCUGUAUCUGGGACUAGCUCUGGUCUAGGUUGAAAUGGAAGACUUGAGUGUAAAUUUGGAUUUUCUGGUUGGAUUCCAUUGGUGUCGUUGCUCAGUUUCUGCACCUUGACGAGAACAGGUAGCCCGGGCAAACGGUGAAAGCAUCAUGCGGCUUCUAUGUAUGGAAGUUACCUGAAGCAAUAUUUAGGGCUUGUAACACUGCACAAUUAAGGUAGCAUUCGGAUUUAAUUCUGGGUUCUUGAGGUUAUACCAAAAAUUAGUUUUGUAUAAAAAUCAUUUAAAAAUUUUAGAAUAUCCCA